AUGAAGCGAAAUCUAAGUCUCUUGUGCAGAUCCGUGCUCAGAUUUGUCGAUCUAUCAGCUUGUAGAGCCAUGGCUUGUUUUCUCGAUUGCUUCCGUGCCAGAGACGACCGGUCUACCGGAAAUCUCGUCGCCCGCUCUUCACUCGCCAAGUCCAAAAGAGGUCAGGACUCGCAGAAUCAUUUGUCAGCUUUGUUUAUAUCUGAAGAGAAAGCAGCUUCUUCGCCUUGCCUUGACAAAGAAAGAUUUGAUUUGGAUUCUAUACAUAUUGACAAAGGCCUAAGAGAUGAGGCGCGGUUUCUUAAAGCUUGUGGUACUAUACCGGAGACACCUAUUGAAAUUAGGAAAGCAUCCCAAAACCUAAGUAGUCCUCAACCUUCUGGAUCUUCACGUUUUCAUUCAUGGAUUUCCAGUAACUCUGCGAUAGGGUUUCAUUUGGAUGAGUCCCCAACCCCCAUGAAAGCUUGUGAAGAGGUGGGAAGACCAUCAUUUACAUCAGAGCAAACACCAAACAGCUGCGUAAUCGAUGUCCGGGACACAGUAACGAUGCCAUCUGUUUCUAGUGAUUCUACUGAAGCAGACACUGCAUUUAAGGGUGAGUUGGAUAGACCUGACAGGCCAAUGCUCACAGCUGGAAAGACUAAGUCUGUGCGGUUUGAAUGCGAUCUUGAUCAAACCCACUCCUCUAAUUCUUCUGAGAAUAGCAGUUCAACAAAAGCUGAGUCAGGAGGCAAAAUGAGUUUUUCAGUGAGCUCGCCUAAUCCAACCCCAUUGAAGCUAUCAGAUGAGAUGCAAACUCCGGGAACCAUGUAUCCUGCAAACAUGGAAUCAGCAGGAAAGGGAAAGCCUAGAAUCAGGUCACAGUUUGUGCAUUCAGUUUCCAAUCUAAUGGAAAAUGCAUGCUUGUACAAAGUCCACAAUGAUUCACAUGGGAGCCUAGAACAAGCUAAACAGCAGCUUUACAAAGAGCAGAUAGAGGAUGAGUCUCCUCCCUCUUCAGCAGCUUAUGGGGAAAAGUUGGAAGAGAGCUCAGAUGAGAAACUGUCCAAGUUUGAGGCAAGUUUUUCUCCUUGGCUAAACCGGAUCAACGAAGAAAGUGACGAAAACAUUGCGGUUUUUUUAAACGAGAGGACGCCUCGAGUCACUGCCAUGACUCCAGGUGACAGGCCUAUCAUUGGAUUGGUAGCUGCUCACUGGAAUGAGGAUGAGCAAACUGAGAUUUCACCCAAAUGGUGGGAUGGGAAUGGGAUCCCAAAUUCGACAACCAAAUACAAGGAGGACCAGAAAGUGAGCUGGCAUGCAACACCAUUUGAGGUCAGAUUGGAGAAGGCUCUCUCUGAAGAAGGUGUUCAGAAUUUAUUCCCUCGAAGGAAACUUGAAGUGAUGGAGGAGGAUGAAGGGGACACGGGCACAUCACAGCUGCAGCAUUCUCUGCAACCAAACUCAGUUGUUUCCUUCUGA